ACGCCGCUGUUGGUGUUAUGAUGUUAUGUAGCCGAAAGCGCUAAGUUUAAUUCUUAAUAACACUUCGGUCGUAUCGCUGGUGAUCAAACAUGGGGAAAUCCUUUGCUAAUUUCAUGUGCAAGAAGGAUUUCCAUCCUGCAUCAAAAUCCAACAUAAAGAAGGUAUGGAUCGCAGAACAGAAGUUGACCUUCGAGAAGAAGCAGCAGGAGGAGCUGAUGCAGGCGUAUGUGAAGGAGCAGGAGACCUACAACAACAGACUGCUGAUGGGAGAUGAUCGUGUGAAAAAUGGCCUUAAUUUUAUGUAUGAAGCACCUCCAGGAGCAUCUAAAGAGGAGACUAAAGAGGGAGGAGAAUCAGAUUACAAGUUUGAGUGGCAGAAAGGGGCUCCUCGUGAAAAGUAUGCGAAGGAUGACAUGAAUAUUCGAGAUCAGCCUUUUGGCAUUCAGGUGCGAAACGUGCGCUGUAUUAAGUGUCAUAACUGGGGUCAUGUGAACACUGACCGCGAGUGUCCGCUGUUCGGCCUGUCGGGGAUCAAUGCCAGCUCCAUGGCAGGAGAUGAAGCAGGUCCGUCGAUGCACCCCUCCGAGUUAAUGGCGGAGAUGCGAAACAGUGGCUUUACGCUGAAGAAAUGUGUCCUUGGGAGGAGCAGCACCAUGAGUGAUCCGGCACAGGACUUUGUGGCCAGCGAGGAGGAAGAAGAUCCUGAGGUGGAGUUCCUGAAGUCUCUGUCCACCAAACAGAAGCAGAAACUGCUCAGAAAACUGGACCGUCUGGAAAAGAAAAAAGACAAGAAGAAGAAGAGUAAAAAGAAGAGCAAAAAGAAGCAGAAAAAGAAAUCGUCCAAGAGUUCGUCCAGCAGCUCAUCGGACAGCAGCGACUCGGAGGACGAGAAACACUCCGGAAAAAAGGCCAAGAAGAAGAAGAGCAAGAAGAAAAGAGACUCGUCCAGUGACUCGGAGAGAGAUUCCAAACACACACAUCCGAAACACAGCAGUAGAGGAGAGAGAGAGAGUGGAGAGAGAGAGAGUAGAGAGAGGAGGAGAGAGAAAAGCAGGAGUCCGCAUCGAUGGAGGGAUGAGAGGGAGAGAGGUAAGGAGAGAUGCAGGAGCUCCAGCAGAGAGAGGGAGAGAGGAACGAGAGAUCGGAGGGAGAGAGAGAGAGAUGACAGGAGGAGGAGGGAGUAAAGGAGAGAGGGGUAGAAGUGAUAGUAGAGAUGCGGAGAGCACUGUAAAAACUUUUUAGUUAAAUUUACUUUAAAGAGUGAGUAAACAUGUUGCUUUUAAAUUCAACCAGUUUACUCACUUAUUUUAAGUAAAGUCAACUAAUCGCUUUAAAGUAAUAUAAGUGAGUAAACCUGUUGCUUUUUUUCCAAGCGAUUAGUUGGCAAUACUUAAAAUAGGUAACUUAAAGCUGUUGCUUUUAAAGCGAUUAGUUGACAAUACCUAAAUUAAGUAACUUAAACCUAUUGCUUUUAAAUCGAUUAGUUGAUUUUACCUUAAAUAAGUGACUUAAACCUAUUGCUUUCUAAGCGAUUAGUUGACAUUACUCAAAAUAAGUGACUUAAACCUAUUGCUUUUAUAACGAUUGGUUGAUUUUACUUACAAAAGUGAGUAAACCUGUUGCUUUUAAAGCGAUUAGUUUACUUGGAAUAAGUGAGUAAAUCUGUUGCUUUUAAAGUAAUUAGUUGAGUUUACUUAAAAUAAGUGAGUAAACUAAUGUAAUUUAAAAGCAACAGGUUUCCUCACUUUUUUAAGUAAAGUCAACUAAUUGUUUUAAAGCAUCAAAUAAGUGAGUAAAUCUGUUGCUUUUAAUGAGAUUAGUUGAGUUUACUUAAAAUAAGUGAGUAAACGCAUUGUAACCUGGAACUUAACUUGAGAAUUUAAGUAAUUGAACCAUGUGCAUAAUUCAAAAAUUAAGACAACAACUUUACUAACUUUAAGUAAAGUCAACUAAUCACUUUGAAAGCAGUAGGUUUACUCAUUUAAGUCAACUAAUUGUUUAAGAAUAACAGGUUUACUCACUUAUUUUAAGUAAACUAAUCUCUUAAAAUAAAUGAGUAAACCUGCUGCUUUUAUUACUUCACUUUAAAAGCAAAAGGUUUACAAAUGUUUUUAAGUAAAAUCAACUAAUAGCUUUAAAACCAACAGGUUUACUAAAUUGUUUAAGCAAUUAGUUACCUUACUUUAAAAAAGGCAAGUAAACCUGUUGCUUUUAAAGCGAUAAGUUUACUUAGAAUAAGUGAGUAAGUCUGUUGCUUUGAAAAGUGAUUAGUUGAGUUUACUUAAAAUAAGUGAGUAAACUGGUGUAAUUUAAAAGCAACAGGUUUGCUCACUUUUUAAGUAAAGUCAACUAAUUGUUUUAAAGCAUAAAAUAAGUGAGUAAAUCUGUUGCUUUUAAUGAGAUUAGUUGAGUUUACUGAAAAUAAGUGAGUAAUUGCAUUAUAACCUGGAACUUAACUUGAGAAUUUAAGUAAUUGAACCAUGUGCAUAAUUUAAAAAUUAAGACAACAACUUUACUAACUUUAAGUAAAGUCAACUAAUCACUUCAAAAGCAGUAGGUUUACUCAUUUUAAGUCAACUAAUUGCUUUUACUCACUUAUUUUAAGUAAACUAAUCGCUUAAAAUAAAUGAGUAAACCUGAUGCUUUUAUUACUUAACUGUAAAAGCAAAAGGUUUACAAAUGUAUUUAUGUAAAAUCAACUAAUAGCUUUAAAAGCCACAGGUUUACUAAAUUGUUUAAGCAAUUAGUUACCUUAAAAUAAGCAAGUAAACCUGUUGUCUUGUUUAAUUAUGCAAAUAGUUCAUUUAGUUCAAAUAGAUAAUUUCCAAGUUGCAAUGGGUUUACUUAAUUUUUAAGUCAGCUAUAAAUGUCGUUUUAAAAGCAAAAGGUUUACUCACUUAUUUUAAGCGAUUAGUUGGCUUUACUUAAAAUAAAUUAGUUAACCUGUUGCAUUAAAACUAUUAAGUAAAUUAACUUUGUGCAUAAUUCUAAACAAUUAAGUUAAACCAACUUGAAUCAACUUAGUUACAACGGGUUUAAAAAAUAAAGUCAACCUGUCGCUUUUAAAUAAUCACUUUUUGCAGUGGAGAGGGAUUGAAAGUAUCUGGAUGUGAAUGAACUGAAGCUCUCGGAUUAAAGGAGGAAUUAAAAUGAAAGUUAUGUCAUCAUUUGCUCACCUUAAAGGCACAGGUCAGCCAAAAAUGAACAUUUACUCAGCAUUUACUUCACCCCAUAUGCUAUAAAAAAUAUCUGUAAAUCAGCAGGGUUUUUUAUGAUUUCUGAUUUUUCCUCCCAUUUAUAUGUGCUUUUGAAUUGAAUUCUGGGACUUUUAUUUUUCCACCAACCACUUUUGAUAUUAAAAAGUUUGAAAACCUGACUUUUAAUUGACAUUUUAAUAGUUUGAACGGAUAUACUGUCUGUGUUGGUGUUGCAAGUGAUGGUACAAAACCUGGUAAUGAACUGCUUGUACGCUUUCUGUUAUUUUACAGAUAUUCUCUAUUAUUUCUUAUACAAUAUAUAAUGUUCUAAACUAUUAAAAUGUCAAUAGAAAUCAUGUUGUUAAAUUGCGCAGUUGAUUUCUUGACAUUAAAAGUCAACAGAGCAAAGAUCAACGUCACUUAAUGCAAUUUACAACAUAAAUAAACCAAAAAAAAAGUGAAUCACGAUGUACAGAAACUGCUAUUUUUUACAGGUUGCUUUUGUGAGUUCCCUUAUUUCUGUAGGAUGCAAAAGAAGAAGUUUUGAAAAAUGUUCAAAAUCUACAAAACACUGUAACCCUUCCAUAUUGGGAAAACAAAUAUAUUGAAGUCAGCGGUUACAGGUUUAUCUUUGUGUUCAACCAGAAUAAAGAAGUGGAUUAAAUGAUGGCAGAAAUUUUUGGCUUUGGGUUACCUAUACCUUUAAUGUCAUUCUAAACACUAUUUAUAUAUAUAUAUAUGUAUAAUAAAACGUGUUAUAUAAUAUAAAUGGUGUCUAUCAAGCUCCAAAAUGCCCUUAGUUCGACUCUUGCGCUAUAUUCCGUGUUGUUAUUAUUAGCAUUAUUAUAUUAUAGUUGGCACUGAGAAAAGAAAAUGGACGAUUUUCAGUGCAUAAUGACUUUAGAAGUGUUCAGUUUGGCGCAGAUUUAGCAGAGGACUUGGAACACAGACUAGAUUUUUUUUUCUUCAUCUGAGCUUGAUAGAUGACGCUAAACUGCGUUUUUACAGAAAUUAAACCUUCUCUGUUUGACAGACUAAAGAAAGCCAUGAGGGUUUGGAGUGACACGAGGGUUAGUAAAUGAUGACAGAUGCACUGUUCGGGGUAAAUCAUUUUCUUUGGGACUCCUUCAAUUGUGCUCCAUUUAAAGGCCAUUUCUCCAGAAGAGGGCGCCAUGAGAGUGGAGGAACUGAACCUGUUAUGAAAUGAUGUUUGAUUCAUUCUUUCAGUGUUUCAGCAAGCGGUGGUCCUCCUUGUUCUACACAUCUUCUGUUUCUCUGAGAGUUUAGCUCCUUGUAAAUGUAAUUUUUGUUUGAUUCUGACUCUACUGAAGGUUAUAAAUUCCACACAUCAUCUGAA